AAGUUUACAGUAUUAGAGUUAUCUUAACUUCCUUUGUACGCCGUGAACGACCACGUGUGAGCCCCGAAAACGGUCUUUUUGCCAUCAUGCUGUUCAGUAAGAAGCCCGUCAUUCUAGAUGCCCGUGGGCAUCUACUGGGCAGAUUGGCCGCAACUGUUGCCAAAACCCUUCUUCAAGGUCAGAAGGUAAUUGUUGUAAGAUGUGAAGGUAUAAAUAUAUCAGGAAAAUACCACAGACAAAAGAAUAGGUAUCUGGGUUUAAUUAAAAAAAGAUGUAAUGUAAAGCCUUCAAGAGGUCCUUUCCAUUUCCGUGCUCCACGUAAAAUCUUUUACAGAUGUGUCCGAGGUAUGAUUCCUCAUAGAACUGUGCGUGGAAAAGAAGCUAUGAGCCGCCUUACUGUAUAUGAAGGUAUUCCAGCACCUUAUGAUAAAAAGAAGAGGGUUAUCAUCCCAUCUGCUCUCAGAGUUAUUCGUCUUAACCCUAUUAGAAAGUACUGUGAAUUGAAAAGAAUUUCUCAUGAAAUUGGCUGGAAAUACAGACAUGUUAUUGACACAAUGGAAGAGCGCCGAAAGAUCAGAUCAUCACAAUAUUUCUCUGAAAAGAAGAAAGAUGCUAAAUUGAAAGCCCAAGCAAGAAAAAAUGUUGCUUCUAAAACAGCUGAAUUUGACAAAAUUCUAGCAUCACAUGGUUUCAAUUGAAAGAAAUAAAUUUAGAAAAAUA